ACAUUUGAGAAUAUUAAUUUAUACAUCUGAAUCUUUAAUCAUAUAAUACGAUAUAAUUCCUUAAACUAUAAUAAAUUAUCCGUACUCACAUCAAGAUGGGUAGGGAGGACAAGGCAACAUGGAAAUCCAAUUAUUUUACAAAAAUUGUUCAACUUUUGGAUGACUAUCCAAAAUGUUUUAUUGUGGGUGCUGACAAUGUUGGUUCUAAACAAAUGCAACAAAUUCGCAUGUCCCUUCGCAGAAAUGCGGUUGUAUUAAUGGGAAAAAAUACCAUGAUGAGAAAAGCAAUCCGUGGACAUGUUGAACGUAAUGCUGCACUUGAAAAACUUCUUUCACAUAUUCGUGGAAAUGUUGGUUUUGUUUUUACUCGUGGGGAUUUGAUUGAAGUGAGAGAUAAACUUUUAGAAAAUAAAGUCAGAGCACCAGCUAGAGCAGGUGCCAUUGCACCAUUGAGUGUAAUUAUUCCUGCACAAAAUACUGGUCUUGGACCUGAGAAAACAUCAUUUUUCCAAGCCUUAAGCAUUCCUACUAAGAUUUCUAAGGGUACUAUUGAAAUUAUUAAUGAUGUUCAUAUUUUAAAACCAGGUGAUAAAGUAGGAGCAUCUGAAGCAACUCUUUUAAAUAUGUUGAACAUUUCUCCAUUUUCAUAUGGUUUACUUGUUGAACAAGUCUAUGAUUCUGGUACUAUUUUUGCACCUGAAAUUUUGGACAUUAAACCAGAAGAUCUACGUGAAAAAUUCAUGGCUGGUGUAGCAAACUUAGCUGCAGUUUGUUUAGCUAUUGGUUACCCUACAAUAGCUAGUGCACCUCAUAGCAUUGCUAAUGGAUUCAAGAAUUUAUUGGCAAUUGCUGCUGUUACCGAAGUUGAAUUUCCAGAAGCUGCUACAAUUAAGGAGUAUAUCAAAGACCCAAGUAAAUUUGCUACUGUUGCUUCUGUUGCUGCACCCGUUGCGGCCGUUGCAGAAACACCCGUUGCAGAAAAGAAGGAAGAAAAGAAAGAAGAAUCAGAAUCUGAAGAUGAAGAUAUGGGAUUCAGUUUGUUUGAUUAAAAUACAAAUAUACUU